AUGGCACACACGCGCCCGCCCGCCCUCGCGUGGCAGCCGGUGCACGUGACGGGCGCGCUCGUGCUCGCGCUGUCCUUCGUCGACGCCUCGUGGACCGCGUGGGUCGUGCGCGGCCUCCUCUUCCUCCUCUGUCUGCUCUCGGGCCUCGACGUCGCGCUCACGCGGUACCACCUGUGGCGCGCCGAGCGGCCGACCCCCGCGCUCGAGCGCUUUGCGCUCGUCACGGGCGCGUCGGCGGGUCUGGGCCGCGAGAUGAGCUACUUGCUGUGCGAGCGAAAGUACUCGCUCGUGUUGGCGGCCCGCACGGCUUCGGCGCUCGAGCGCAUGCGCGCGGAGAUGGAGCUCGUGCACCGCCCGACGCAAGUGCUCGUGUGUGUCUGUGACUUGGCGACGGCGGACGGCAUUGACAAGUUGCGGACGUUUGUGCACAAGCGGAAACUCGUGAUUGACAUCCUCGUGAACAACGCCGCGGCGUGUCUCACGAAAGACUUUGUCGCGCUGAGCGAGGCAGAGGUCCAGGAGCUCUUGAUGCUGGACGUCCACGCAAUGGUGCAGCUCUCGCACGCGCUGGUCCCGCAGAUGAUUGAGCGCCACGUCGGGCGCGUGCUCAACAUUAGCUCCAUGGCCGGCGUGGCGGCCGUGCCGACGGCAGCGCUCUAUGGCAGCAGCAAAGCCUUUGUCACGAGCUUCAGCCAAGCGCUGAGCUACGAAGUGCGGGCCACGGGCGUCACGGUCACGUGCAUGUGUCCAGGACCGCUCUCGACGGCCAACUUCAGCAAGACCGCCAACUUGGACAACGCCAUCUGCAUGAAGCUGCCGGGCGUUGCUGCAGAUGCCAAGGACACGGCCAAGGUCGCACUGGACGCCAUGUUUAACGGCGAAGUGCUCGUCUACGACACGUGGUAUGCCUACUUGUCGGCUAACCUCGUGCAAUGUGUCAUGCCUCGUCGUCUAGCGGCCCUGAUCUUUGGCGCUGGCAUGCACGAGCUCGAGAAUGUCUGGCAGAUGAUCAAGCGAUAA